AUGGGUCUGAAAAGCUUUGUGCUCUCCGCUGCGUUUGUUGCUUCGCUGCAAGGCGUUCGCGCGUCUAUUUUUGCAGAGUCAACUCCAAAAGUCGCCGCCUACCUGAAUGGUGGUGGCCAGGGUCUCGCAACAUUCUGUCAGAAUCCUAACGUUGAUAUCAUUCAACUAGCAUUCGUGGACCAACUCGAUACCGAGCCUCUGUCUGCGUCUCUCUCAGGCAUUCAAGGUUGGGAGAUUACACAAUGUCAAAACCAAGGGAAAACCAUCCUUGUCUCGCUCGGAGGAGCGACCUAUCAUCAAUCCGAUCGACAAGGAGGCUGGAGCACUCCCGAGCUAGCCUCGCAAAUGGCCGAUAAACUGUGGAAUAAAUAUGGCCCCGGCGCUAACGGCCAAGGUCCCUUCGGCACCGCAGUAAUCGACGGAUUCGACUUCGAUUUCGAAGUGCCCAUGUCCAACCUACCCGCCUUCACAAACAGGCUGAUCACGCUGAAAAACAGCCCGGGGUUGAAGAAGCCAUUUUAUCUCACUGCCGCCCCUCAGUGCCAAUGGCCAGACAAGAACCUCCAAACCGUUCUGGACUCCAACAUGGGCGCAUUUGAUGCUAUCUUUGUUCAGUUCUACAACAACCCGGAGUGCGGAAUUGGUGCUGGCUACCAGCGUCGCUCUCAAGGACUUUCUGCCCGUCGCUCUGGGCUGCUUGGCAACUUCAACCUGGCUAAUUGGUUGACGCUGGCCUCGCAAAGCAAUGGCGAGACGAACAAUAACUGGAGAGUCGAUGUUGCAACUGCUCCUGGUUCAGGUGCCAAGGCAAAUAAGCCAAAGAUCUUUGUCGGAGUUCCCGGUGGCACUGCGGGAACUGAGACUCCUAACAGUGGAUAUGUCGACGUUAAUACGCUGAAGCAAGCCAUUGAGUCGGUAACUGCAAACGGGCAUGCGAACUUUGGCGGUGUCUCGAUUUGGAGUCUUCAGGUUGCUAUUAGCAAUGGGAACUUCCUAGCCAAUGUCAAGAAUGUGUUGAAGAGUUGGACGUGA